AUGGCGGUCGGAAACAUUGGCGAGACGUUGCCAGUGGCUCUAUAUACCGAAAGGUCCUCAGCCGCGACGUUGGCUUCACACGGCAGGAAGUCCAUAAGGACGCCCAUGUAUGGGAGUUUGGAGACUCCGGAUCUAUUCUUGUUCUCACUGACGACGAAGAACCUACCGACCACACCUUCAGUAGAGACGAAGGUCUGACUUGGCGAGAUUACAAGAUCACGGAGAAGAUGAACUCCUGGUCUAUCGUCACUUUUCCUUCCGACCCGAGUCAAAGGUUCAUUCUAUUCGGAAGUUUCAUUGACUUGAAGAAAAUGUUCGCGGCUCGAUUCGUUUCCUACGCUAACUUCUCUUCCUUAGGCGAUGUUAGCGCCGCGGUUGUCGCUAUUCGUUCUUUCGAAUUCACGCGCUGUAUCUCCGUCGUAUUACUUACGCGAUGGUUUUAGCAACAACCACCUUUCUGGAGAUUGAGCAUGGCUUGCGUACGGUGGGGACACACUUGGUUCGCGGUCUGCAUUGCAGCCUGAGGUAUCGCCCGGGAAUGGGUUAUAUGUCAUGGGUAGCUUCUAACACCUGGUGCAAGAAGGGGGUAUGGGAACUUGCCGAUAGAUGACGAUGAACAGGUACUGACGAAGGAGACCCGUCACCACGGCGCCUGCCAAAUGGAAUGCAAUGGGACAGUAAUAAGUUGAUAUAGAAUGAACAUCAAUAACCCUACCUUAAUUAUUCUGUCUUUCGACAGUCGAGCAAUAAACUGAUUAAGAU